AUGAUCCAUCCAAAGAAGUUUGCUCAGCUGGCCAAAAAGUGGCAGAGGAAGGUUGCAGCCAGGGCCGGUGGCCAGCAAGCUGAUGAGUGCUGCAGCCCAGUCGCUGACAAGGGCCAUUGCGUGGUGUACACCGCCGACGGGGCGCGGUUCGAGGUCCCGCUGGCGUACCUCGGCACGACAGUCUUCACCGAACUCCUGAGGAUCGCUGGGGAGGAGUUUGGCUUCACGAGCAGCCAGGGAGGCAGGAUCACGCUGCCUUGCAAUGCCGCGGUUAUGGACUAUGUCUUGUGCCUGGUUAGGAGAGAUGCCUCCGAGGAGGUUGAGAGAGCGUUCUUGAGCUCCAUUGUUGGCCAUUGCCAUGGCCAAGAUGCAUCGGUGGGACCUACCCAUCAAUUUGCUCUUUGCACAGUACUGGGGAAAUAG